AUGUCAGGAGCAAAUGGUUUAGCGGAUGAGAAGCGCAUUCAAAAUUCUCCAGCCUGGUUACCUUUUAUACAAAAGGUAAUUGCAGAGAUUUUGGGUACAUACUUCUUGAUUUUUGCUGGUUGCGCCGCAGUGGUGGUGAACGCCGAUAAGGACAAGGUGAUAACCAUGCCAGGAAUCGCAAUAGUGUGGGGACUUGUCGUCAUGGCUAUGGUUUACUCAGUUGGCCAUAUUUCCGGUGCUCAUUUUAAUCCGGCUGUAACCAUUGCUUUUGCCACCUGCAAGAGGUUCCCACUUAGACAGGUACCUGCAUAUAUUGCAGCACAAGUGAUUGGAGCCACGCUAGCAAGCGGUACCCUAAGAUUAUUGUUCAUAGGAAAACACGAUCACUUUGCCGGAACACUUCCAACCGGCUCCGACUUGCAGUCUUUUGUGGUGGAAUUUAUAAUCACAUUCUACCUAAUGUUUGUCAUAUCUGGAGUGGCUACGGACAACCGUGCUAUUGGAGAACUUGCGGGUGUAGCCAUAGGAGCAACUAUUUUACUUAAUGUGAUGUUUGCAGGGCCAAUAUCUGGGGCUUCGAUGAACCCAGUAAGGAGUUUGGGCCCAGCAAUAGUGUCAAAUCGUUACGAGGGAAUAUGGAUAUACAUCGUAAGCCCAACUCUUGGGGCUGUAGCGGGUGCUUGGGCCUAUAACAUCAUCAGAUUCACUGACAAACCUUUACGGGAAAUCAGCAAGACUGCUGCUUUCCCCAAGAUCUAG